CCAGGUUGCCAGGGCGCGCUCGACACUCGUUCGAGUGUAGCCUGGCUACGGCCUCGAGGAUUGGACAUGGAGAACACGCGCGCCUCACACAGCAUGCCCCUGGCAAGCUAUGAUGAUCUCCAGCGCACUGAUCAGCUGGCGAGUGGGUCUGCUACCCUCUUCAGGGGCGGGGUAUGCGUGUAGGAAGCGUGGACAAGAGGCCAGCAGCGUCGGCACCUCACUCAGAGACGGCGCGAACUCUAUGGUCCCUUCCGUACAAUUCAAUCAAGCGAUGCGCGCACAGGACAGUGUCGUGCUUACGGCAGGCACCAGUACAGCUUCAGGCUGACUGCAGUCUUUGACGAAGAUCCACGCUGAUCAGAGCAUCCUGACGACAAUGGACAUCCUCCUCCUUUCCUAGGAGUCUGGAAGAUGAAACACGCAGUCUGUUGAGUCUGCACACUGGACGGCGCUGUCAACGCGAGGCUUGGGGACUUGAGACUGAAAGAAACUGCGGCGGGGAAAGCUUUCGAGGUUCGCAGGCUUGAAAUACAGGAGUACUCUGCAAUAAAAUGCAGAAAGGGCGGCAGCAAAUCUACUUCCGCUGUCAAUUAAAAGGGUCCGACGACAGUUAGACACCGGCAUCCCCGGGAGGAAAACAAAGCGACAGCUGUGAUAGGAAGGAGAGUUUGACGAAUCAUUAAUUUUGACG